AUGCCUGUUUUUCAGGUGAAGCGACCUUCCAUACCUAAAAUGAUAUUCACGAAGAAACGUGAGAAUAAUAUUCUCAGAAGCAGCCACAACGUAUCACCGAGCAGUGUCCUGGCGUCCGCCGGUAGAGACGACCCCCCAAUUAACCAACGUCCGGAGAACGCACUCGACGCUUUGUUAGACGAACUACAAACAUUUGCACGCCCUCCCGGUCUUCCGCAAUCUCCCACAUCAAACAGACCUCCGUCAAUGUCAGAAAUCGGUCGUAGAAAAGGAAGCAUAGAUUCGAAUAAUUCAUCUCUCUCGACAUCACUCCCACUGGCAACAUCAUCAUUGAGACGUCUUCAUUCUUAUCCGAGCAGCAGCGACGACAGUUCGCCGCCUACACAAUUAAGAGACAUACAAAAACCAGCCACGGGUCCGAAACCACCGGUACCCGAAAGGAACGUCGAAUUAUUAUCGCAAUUAGUCAAUCGUAGAGUUCCUCCUCCGCCGCCACCGAGAACGAGUUCGAGAUCACCGUUGGCAUCACCGACAUCUCCGAGUUUACCACCUAGAGCCACGCCACCGUCACAACCUCAAAUGGGUAUAAAUACAGGAACGUUGAGAAGAAACGCUCCCGGGAGAAGUUCUCUACGGGAAUAUAAAAGCGGAGAAGUACAACAACAAUCGAACGAGGAUAACGACACGUCAGCUCAAACAUCAUCAGAGGGACAAUCCGUGUCGUCAUCGACUCCAAACACGUCAAGUUGCGAAAGCGUGAGCUCUCAAGAAGGGAUUAAAAAUAAAGAAUCUCGUAAAGAACUUUUAGAACAGAGACACCAAGAACUUUUAAGAAAGCAAAAAGCUCUACAAGAACAAUAUGCAAGACUGCAACAACUUCAAAGAGGUGCGACAGCUUUCGCGAUACCAACGCAAGAUUUAAUGCUCAAAAAAACGGGAUCCGAAAGUAACCUCUUAUCAAAAAUGGGUUUGGGACAAAGUUUAUCAGCUGCCGCUCCCAUGUCCGGAUCAUUAACUCAUUUAGCACCUCAAAAUCAAGUAGUUCCUUUGGCUCCGUUUAUGUCGACAGCAACACAACCACAUACCACAACAUCAUCAUCUUCAUCAUCGAAUCCUCCUCCUCCUCUUCUUCUUCCUCUUUCUACUCCUUCUUCUUCAUCUUCUACAACUUCAACGACGAAAAUUUACGAGACCGACAUUCUGUGA